AUGCCCACCCAGGUAUCAGAGACCACCCUCAGCUCCGCCCCUAUCGACCCGGUAGAGGAAGAUCGAGACAUGGAAAAGGGAGCCCCAGAUUCAGAUCUCCCCGCGAAAGACCCCAAUCUGGUGGAAUGGGACGGCCCUGACGACCCCGAGAACCCGCAGAACAUGCCGGUCUGGCGGAAAUGGGUCUUGACCAUGACUCUGUCGUCCAUGACCAUGUGGAUCACCUUCGCCAGCAGUGUCUUCUCGACGGCCACGGUCGUCACGUCCAAGGAAUACAACGUCUCGACCGAGGUCAUGACCCUGGGGACCAGUCUCGUGGUGUUUGGCUUCGCGCUGGGCCCGCUGGUCUGGUCGCCGCUCUCGGAGCUCUACGGACGCAAGCUGCCGCUGUUCCUCGGAUACGCCGUGUUUGCCAUCUUCCAGAUCCCUGUGGCCGUGGCGCAGAACCUCCACACCAUCCUGAUCUGCCGCUUCCUGAUGGGCGUGUUCGGCUGCUCGCCGCUGGCCGUCGUCGGCGGCGCCAUGGCUGAUUUCUGGGACCCCGUCGACCGCGCCGUGGCGAUCGCCAUGUUCUCAUCAGCGACCUUCGUCGGGCCGGUGCUGGGCCCCAUCGUGGGCGGGUUCCUGACGGAUUCAUACCUGGGGUGGCGGUGGACGGCCUGGAUCACACUGAUCGCGUCGGCCUCGUUCGGCCUGCUGGCCCUGUUCAUCGUUCCUGAGACCUACGCCCCGGUCCUUCUCCAGCGGCGCGCAGCCCGCCUCCGCCGCGAGACCGGCAACUGGGCGUACCACUCCUUCCUCGACGAGCACCGGCCGACGGCCUCGGAGAUCGUCUACAAGUACCUCCUGCGGCCGAUCCAGAUGCUCUUCCUCGAGCCCAUCCUCCUUCUAAUCACCAUCUACCUGGCCCUCAUCUACGGCAUCCUCUACCUCUUCUUCGAGGCCUACCCGGUCUCAUUCCAGGAGCAGCGCGGCUGGACCAACGGGGGCAUCGCGGGGUUGCCCUUCAUCGGCAUCAUGGUCGGGGUCCUCUGCGGCGCCGCGCUCAUCAUCUACCAGACCAAGACGCGGUUCGCGCGCCAGCUGGCCAAAAACGGCCACGUGGUGCCCGAGGAGCGACUGAUCCCGAUGAUGAUCGCGUCGGUGCUCCUCCCGGCGGGACUGUUCUGGUUCGGCUGGACCUCCGACCGCAACAUCUCGUGGGUGCCGCAGGUGAUCGCGGGCGUGCCCAUCGGCAUGGGCAUCCUGGUUAUCUUCAUGCAGGGGCUGAAUUACAUCAUCGACGUGUACAUGAUGUUCGCCAACUCGGCCAUCGCGGCCAACACGCUCGUCCGGAGUGGUCUGGGCGGGGCGUUCCCGCUCUUCGCCGUCCAGAUGUAUCACCGAUUGGGGGUGGCCUGGGCGUCGAGUCUGCUGGGAUUCAUUACCAUCGCGAUGAUUCCAAUCCCGUUUGUGUUUUAUGUGUAUGGGAAAAGGAUCCGCGCUAUGAGCAAGUUUACCCCGAAGUUUUAG